ACCAUACGCCACGUUCCCAGCAGUGCUCGCGGUAGAGACGUCGCUGGCGCCCUUCGGUGGAGUAGGGAGAUGGCGUCCGCUACCCGUUUUAUCCAGCGGCUGCGGAACUUGGCAUCCGGGCAAGACUUGCAGGCGAAGCUGCAGCUACGUUACCAGGAGAUCUCCAAGCGGACUCAGCCUCCUCCCAGGCUCCCUGUGGGCCCCAGCCACAGACUCUCCAACAAUUACUACUGUACUCGAGAUGGCCGCCGGGAAGCCAUGCCGCCCUCUAUCGUCAUGUCCUCGCAGAAGGUGCUGGCGUCCGGCAAGCCAGCAGAGAGCCCAGCUGUACCCGAGAAGAAAGCGGUGACGCCGGCCCCUCCCAUAAAGAGAUGGGAGCUGUCCACGGAUCAGCCUUACCUGUGACCUUGUGCCCUGGGGUACCUGGCUAAGCCCUCAGAGCCACCUGAGUGCUUCCCCCUCCGUGGACUCCUUGGAUUCCCUCUGGGGAGAACGUGAUGUAAUUUAUAAUAAAAAUGUAUAUUGAGUUCUCCAGGA